GUAUGCCAUGGUUUCUAUUCUGUUCGUCUACAUUUGUUGGUCGGCCGUUGCGUUCAUUUGUUUCCUUGGUUUAAAUUUGUUAAGUUGAUACUAUUAUUUCAAGAUGAGUUACACACUUAGUUUUCUUUUUUUCCUGAUUGUGUCGUGUGGCGUGGACAUAGGUUGCAGCUCCAACGUUCAUGGAUUCUCUUCUCCUACGUAUUGUUCUUCAAACCGAAAUCCGUGUAUGAACGGUGGUGUGUGUGUCAACUAUGGUGGUUCUUAUAAAUGUGGUUGCCCUCGUGACUGUAGAGGUGAACACUGCGAGCUCUGUGAUGAUGGUAUCGGUCCAAAAAAGGGAGCAUGCUUUCCAAAUCCAUGCAAGCGGGAUUGUAAGUGUCACGAAUCGUGCCAACACGCUGGUGGAUAUUAUUGCAGGAGUGCUUCUGGUUAUCUCGGCAAAAAUUGCACCAUUCCAAUGCCUUCUCUCCGCUGCGAGACUAAUCGCAUCGUGUUUUCUGUGUCGGAAAGCUUUGUCCGUGAAUACGACCUUGGACUGAGAAACAGCUUCAUCAACAUCGUCAGAAGUCUUGGUGACACCAAAGGAUGCGAAGUCGCGGCCGCUGUCAAUGGGUUUUACGAGAUUCAAAUCCCAAUUCCAUUUAGUACAUGUGGGACGGAAAUGACAUCAAUCGGUGGACAGGUUGUCUUCACUAAUCAGAUGUGGUUCAAUCGUCGUCUUGCGAACUCCAUGUUCGAUAUGCCUAUUCCUGUCGCUGAAUUUCAGUGUAGAUACGAAAGGCAAUAUAGGGUGGUGACUUCACUCCGCCCAGUGGUAAGCACACCAGCUGUGAUAACCGGCCGCCAAUCGAUAACACCUAGCAUUUCGUUAUGCAAGGUGCCCGCGUGUCCAAGCACUUGUCCUACAAAUUUUGCUGUGAGUGGAGGGGCUGUCUACACCGUUGGAGAAAUGAUGCAUGUUACAAUGUCACUUGAUUCCGGAAACCAGGUCACCGGUAUCGACGAAAUGUAUUUAUCAUGCAGCCCUGUGCCAUCCACGGCCAAUAUUGUUGGAAUUGUUAAAUCUGGAUGUGGCACCACAGCUGGGCUUCCAUGUGAAAUAACCACCAGCGCCGUUGGCCAUACCGUUUGUGUAUCGUUCCAGACCCCGAGAAGCAUGUCAUGCCAAGAGUUUUAUAUCCAUGCAAAAUUGAUUUCUUGUGACAGAGGAAGUGUAGGCACUUGCUCGGACAAUGCCAGCGUCGACAGAUGCCUUCUAUCGCGUAAACGAAGAAGUGUCGAUUCUGCUCCUAUUGCGCUCGGACCAAUUCUAUUGCUGAAUGGUUCGAUUGGAAUGCCCAACAUCCACCUUAACGGUAUGGAAGACGUUGAAAUUCCCGAUGGAAAAAUUGGUCUUGUACUAAGACAAAAUGAUGAAGAAAUGCCGAGAACCGUAGAAGCACCAUCGAGUCGUCCUUUAGGUAUCGACCAACCUACCCUGCUCAUGAUUGUCAUUGGAACUGUACUCUUUGUUGUCAUUGUUUCGUUGAUUCUUGUUUUACUUCGUAAUCGUUCUCUUGGUGUUACUUUAACGACCAACAAAUCUUAAUAUUGGUUUAAAUGAAUAAAACUAAAUAUUCACGUGG